AUGGCAAGGGCCACCUUUGCUGCCCUGGCUUUGCGUGCAAAGGUAGCACAGUCUGUGGAAGUCCUCGAGUGCUCAGGGCCUUGGACCUUGUUGCGAAGCCGCUUGUAUGCCAUAGCCAACCCCAAUGCACGUCAUUUUGCCAUCUCCGUGCAAGAAGCACUCUCAGUGGUGGCAGAUUUUCGGGAGGAACUGGAGUCAGAUACAGAUGCAGAGGUAGCAGACUGUCCACUUGGAAGUGUCGCCCUACAUAUUGUGGAAGGCCUUCAGCUUGACCGUGAGGAAGUGGCGACCUUGGAUUCAGACUUUGCGCUUCUCAACGCCUUUGGCUGGAGAACUCUGUUGAGAUCUGGCUGGCCAAUCUUCCAGCUCUUGCUCUUGCUGCACAAGCAUCUAUCCGGCGUAGCAGGCUGCUGCCAUGUUUGCUCUGGAACUGAGGGCUAUACAAGGAGCUUGCAAAUGGCUCUUCAACACCAGCCUUCCACAGGAGUUGGAUUGACUGCCAAGAGUCUAUCUUUCCUCAUGGAUGACAGCGCCGCUUCAUGUCCUUCACUUGCAUCAGCCGCCAUCCUGGCCAUUGCAUGGACCCGUCUUCCCGUCUACGACGUUGAGACCGAAGGUUUGGUGAUGCAGGCUGAGCAGCGCACGACGCUGAUGGAUUUGGUCUUGGCGGAUGCCAGUCACCCGCUGCCAUUGGUGGCAGCUCGCCUCUCUGCAGCCUCUCAGCUGUCAAUGCAUUUGCCUGAGCCAUCAGCUCCUGAGGAGUCUCCUCAUGAAGGUUGUGUGGUGCGGUUUGCCCAAACCCCGUCUGGCCGCUGCAACUUCUUUGCAACCAUACGGCAGGGGCUGGAACCGUGGUGGUCUCGUGGUAUCUACCUGGAGGACCAGGUCCGUGCCUUCCGGCCAACUACAGAUCAAAAGACAGUGCUCUUCCGCUUGAUCGGUGACCAGUUGGUGCAGGCAGCAGACAUUGUUUCAUUGAGUUUUGAGUUUCGAGGCAUUGCCUCCUUGCUGUCGCAGAAGCGCCAUGUUAAAGCUACCAAGGCAGGCGCUCUUCAAAAGGUUCCCAAAGAAGAGUUCCAUGACGUCGAGUUCAGAAUCCUGCAUGAGCACUUGCAAGAGCUGGAGAAAAGCGAGCUUGAGCUGGUUGCUGCGCAAGCUUCCAUCCACUUACCCAAGAAGCAGACAAAAAAACAAUUGAUUCUGAGGUUGCUCAAUCCACAACACCUUGAAGCUGUGAAGAAAGUGCUGGUUCCAGAAGAGAGACCCCCAGAAACCAUCAGACCAGAUUUGCUGAGAAAAGUUCAAUUGCAUGCGGCCAAAGCUGCCAAUUUGCGACCUCAGGGCGCAGGUCGCAGGCCAUUUGCCGCAGACGAAGGACAACAAAGUGCUAAACAAUCUCGAAUUGCAUCGGGCAUGCCCCUAGAGAUUUGCAAUGUUCGCGAGCCUUUGCAAAGCAGCAAGGCAAAAAGAAGAACCAUUGACGAACUGAACGCUGGAGACCGGCUCAGUGGGCGAGUAGUUGAGAUCUCCCUUCUCGAUGGCAUACGGGUUGACAUCGGCGUGGCAGUGGAUGCUUUGAUACCCGUUCGGAUGGAGGAGGACCCUGAGCUGCUGGAGAGGAUCGUGGAGACAUAUCCUUUGGGAAGUACCGUCCAGGUUCAGAUUGAGGAUGUGUCUCAAGAUCUGGAACGGCGAUUUCCUAUCAUUUGCACCUUUCAAAGGCAAGUGGUGGACCUCCCAGAGUGGCAAAUUGCGGGGAUGGCAUUGCGGGCCCACGAGGCUGGCAUUCACAGUCUCAGGGGGAGAGAUGAAGUUGAGCUCGCACAAUCAGACGACUGGCAGAAAGAGGCAGAAACACUGGAAGGCAACACUACAAAGACUAGUGCCCUCAAGGACGUGCCUCAGAGACAACCGCCAGAAGUGAUAAUGAGCAUUGGCUCUGGGAGCUUGGAAGCAAUUCAGGUGCCAGAGCAACAUCGCGCAGGUCAGGCCAAAAGUAAGCCAGCCGGGCCAGCCGCUAAGAAAGCCUGGCAAGCCUUGAUGAACCAUGAGGUCACGAAACUCAGGCUGCAGCUUCACUGCCGGCAGCGACUUGCACGAGAACUUGCUACGAUUGAAACUCAACUACUUCAAGGGAAUCAUCCAACUGUGCCCGUCGAGCUCCUAGGCAUGACCUUGCUGCCCAGCGGCUUGGGCUGCUUGCUGCCACUACCAGAUGGAGAUUGUUUGAAGUUUCAGGUUCGGGAAUUCGACACGGCUGAGCAAAUGCAUGAUUGGAUCGAGAGCUGCCACAGACAUCAUCGGGAACAAUGGUCACUGGAGCGGUCUCAGGUGGAGGGUGAAGGGCCGGAGAAGGAGCAAUUGGCGAAGUUUUUUGCAUGCGCCGAUGCAUGGCAUGCUCGAGCUGUUCAGGCAGCUGAAGAGGAGGAAAUCAGAAAGCUGCAGUACCAAAAUGUUCAGAGUGAUGACUCCGAUGAAGCCAUGGCACAUCUGGAGGAUUUGGUUUCUCAAAUGAAUCUCAGUCAAACAGGCUUCGACCUUGCUUGUUUGGCUGCAUAUGUGCGUUACAUCCACGGCAUCUCACGGGGUGGAACUCGUGAGAGUCGUGACAACAGGUCAUUCCUACCCACUCGCAUUUGGACGUUGAAUUCGGAGCUGCUGAACCUGCCUGCCUGGCACAUGCGCUUGAAGCCCAGGAGCAAACACUUUGAAAGGCCUGCAACUGUGGACAUUCCUGACUUCGAUAUGGUCUUGAACCAUGGCGAUUUGCCCUUGCUGAGGAAGUCCAUGGGCAAGCCACCCUUCUAUGGCCCCAUGGACAAGGAGGCACGCACUCCAGCCCCUCUCUUCAGCAUUUGCGCAUCCGAAGAUUUUUGGGACAUUCUUUUUCCAAACGUGUGCCGGCCUGCUUUAGUGAACAUGUCUGGGAUGUCUUCAAUACCGUGGGAGGACAAAUCCUCUAUUGCAUUUUGGAGGGGUACGGACCGUGGGGCGGUGAACUGGGCCAUCGAAGUGCGGGACAUGUACAAGGGCUCUCCCAGGAAGCGCUUCCUGGAUGAGUGGGCACAGAAGGACGAGUUUGAUAUGGCGUUUCUUGAAGAUGAUCUUUUGAACGCAACUGUGGUCAAUACAGAUCCCAGCUUUGUCCCCUUGGAUCAGUGGCCAAGAUGGCGCUAUUUGCUAGAUUUGCCCGGCAAUGGCUACUCCGGCUCUUUGAAACAGAAGCUAACGGCCAGCUCUGCUGUGCUCUUCCUGAAUGAUGUGAACGUGCCUGGAGCGAAGCCUGUCUAUGAACAUUAUCAUGGUGGACUCCAGGAUGGGGUACACGUUCUCUUGAUGGGCAUGGGCGAUGCUGGCGAAAAGGUCAAAUGGGCUCAAGAACAUGAUGCAGAAAUGCAGGAGAUGGUUCGCAAUGCAAACAGGUACAUGAAGGAUUUUGAGAAGCUGACGCAAUGCUACCUGUGGUUUCUGCUCACGCACUUGGCAUCUCUCCUAAGGUACCAGCCUGAUCAUGCACAAACUGGAGCCUUCGGGCGAGCGUCUGUCCGUGUCAUGACUGUACAUCGGCGGCCCUUGAGGAAAGAGGCCUCGGUCUUCAGGAAGGAAUGCGAGCGCCUACGGACAGAGAACGAGAAUCAAUCUUGGCUCUUGGAUGCUCUUGGCGCAAAAGGCUUCUUCGCAAAUAGCUGCAGCGCAGUGUUCUUCUAUGAUCUUCUAUAUGCUCUUCCUUCACCACAACUGUUUGAUCAGUCACAUCAUCCUUUCCGUGUGAAAGUGUUUGGCGGAUCCAAAGCUUUCUCGGAGGAGAGAGACUUGUGGCACUUGGCGCAGCAAAUUCGGCCCAAGCGCAUUCCAGAAGAACCUUGUAUUCAGCGGACUUGGCUUGACGGGAUGCCAACCGUUCUGCCAACCCCAUCACCUCUCGAGACUCACAUCGAGGAUGCCUUGAAGCCUUUUGACGACUUGCAAGCCUGCGACACAGUUGGCGGCAUUUUUGUGGCCGUCCUGUGUGUCUUGUCUCUGGCAGUGUGCUUGUUUGGCUACCGUAUCUACAAGUUUGCUUUUGUGGUCUUUGCCUUCCUGGUCAGUUUUGGAAUCGAAGCCGCUGUUGGCUCUGCUUGGCUGGCCAGCAACCCUGAGCCAAACGGCGUGACAGAGAAGGUGAUCAUUCUGGUGUGCUCCAUCCUCUGGGGAACGCUUUUCCUUGUCCUCGCACAGCGAUACCGUGACACCAUUGAGCAGAUUUUGGGCUUUGUCUUCGGCAUUUGUCUUGGCCUUGUCUUCACCAUCGCCGUGCUCUACAUUCUGCAGAAGCCAUUGGACUCAGCCCUGGGUUCUCAGUACCAGGGCUGGGAGAACUUCGCAGGCAUCACGCUUGGCGUCCCAAUUGCUCUUUUGGCCGGCUACAUCUGCAGGAAUUGGGUCAUGAUUCUGGUCAUGGCGGUGACCGCAUUGGUUGGAGCGGCUGCUGCUUGGCGCUGGGGCAGGGCAUUGAUCGGAUGCACGGAGCAGGCAGACUCGAGCAUUUUGGACAACCACUUUGUCAAUUUGGUGAUCUUCGUAGGCCGAGUCAAAGGCGGAGUCUCGCACAAUCGAUACUGCUUCCUGACAGACUUUGAUGUCCACUUAGUGAGCUUCACGCCUGUGAGUCUGGCUCGAGCUAGUUCUUGGUGUACAGACAUGGCUGCGCCCGAUGAGCUUGUGGCGUUGAAUGACCGCUUAGAAGGGAGCAAGGAGGCUCGUGGUGUUCGUGGUGGUUUGGGACGUGUCAAGGGGUCCCAGCAAGGGCCUUGGGGCCAGGGAUUCUUCGCAGCAGCCGGAGCCAAAUGGACACCUGCUGGGGAAGACCCUUUGUACCGUCGUUUCACUCGUGGCCCUGUUCUCGGGGCUGCCAAUAUGGAAGAAGCUGAAGCGCAAAUCUGGAAAGCACAUGCCGAAGCUGCUCUGCUUGAAGCUGGUGGCCAAUUGACAUGGCAAAACUUACGGGAUCAGGUUGUAGAACGCCGCCGCCAAGACUUUGCAGAAGGAGAUGUGCCAGACACUGCUCUGUGGCCAUACUUGGCUCUUGCGCAUGUCCCGAAGGAAUGUCUUAGUGAGAAGGAUGCCUUUGUUAGACUCAAUGAGUCAAAGCGUUCCAUGCGCCAAGUGAUCUCUCACAGUGCUUGGCACAGGCUUGACCGGCCCAGCCCUUCCACCAACAAAGUGAAACAGGAUGAAACAGGCUUAGGACAACUUCCCGCAAAACUCCGUAGUGAUGGCAUAAUGGGCGUGUCUUGUAGCAACUGCGGUUGCAAUGAGGAACCAAAUGAUGCAAAGAUCCUGCAGACCGCAGCUGUUUGCAACACGACAUGUGAGGACUCCCUGGAUGACAUGGUGGUUGAGAAAACAAUCUCAACGAAGCAGCUGGAAGUCGAAUUUGAACUGCCAGAUGGCUCUGUCAGAGUGAUCCGCUUUACUCGACGACCCCUUGGCUUGGACUUCAACAGGCACAUGCCCAUCACCAUGAAACACGUGAGACCAGGUAGCCACGCUGACAACUUGGGAGUAGAGCAAGGCUGGCGGAUUCGGUCUCUACAUGGCUAUGCUGUCACCCAACUUGCCUUCCAGGAUGUCUACCGGGCCCUGAGGGAGUCAUCGGAGUCUGCCAGGGUGCUGGAGCUGUUUGGUUUCACCUCAUCAUGCAGACAUGAACGGAAAGUGCUUGUGAAAGCACAGCCACCACGCACACGCAAACGGCGGCCUGUGAGAGCUACCGGU